CCACAUUGCCAGAGUCGUCCUUUACAGAGAAAUAGCUGGAGCAUAUCUUGUUUGGACAGGACAGCGCUGCAGACUCUGACUGAUGGCUCUAUCUGUUAUACAAAGUGAAUAAGAGACAGAGAGCUAAUGAGUGACCAGCGACAGGGAGACACUGCAGAGAGGAACAAAAAUGACUGACGUGCUCCAAAGUAGGUCACAGGAUAUUUUCUACAUUGUUUUCCCCUUGCUGAUUGCCAUCCAUCCAUCCGUCCUUCCAUCCAUCUUUCCAUCUCUUCAUCAUCCAUCCAUCUCUUUUUCUUUUCUCUGAUCCACCAUUUUCAAAGCCAUUUUCCUCUCCCAUCUCUCUCCCUCUCAUUCAUUGUUACCUCAGUCUCCCCCUUCUUUGGCUCUCUCUCCAGGUCCUUCAAACCUCUCAGAAAAUCCCUUUAGCAGAGCAAGGACCUUUUCCCUUCCCCUCCUCUUCUUCUCUUGCAGGCAUCUAUUUGGUGCAGUUAAUGGAUAGUUGAGAAAUGACUACAGGCAGGAGGGGGUGAUGAGGAGGGAGGGGGCUGGUGUGGGUUUCUCUUUUGUCUGUGAAAUACUAUGGAUAGCAGACAGGCCAAAUCACACCACAGGCCUUUCAGAAAGCUCAGGACACAUUUUCAUCCUGAUAUUUUGCUCUUCUGAAUUUAUUCCUUGGAUAUAUGAAUCCUGGUUUCAGAAGCCAGUCUGAAACGAUUGCUCAUUCAAAGAGGAAGAGGUGUCCAUUGUCCUCCUAUGACAGCCCUCUUUAGCCUCCCUCUUCCUCCUCCUCCUCCAUCAUUACCCCCACUCUAUCUGUGGUAUUGUGGCUGGCUUGUUGUGUCCUCCAGCUACUCCCAGUCUGUUUCCAUUUGAAUCUAAUGGUUAGAUAAUGACUACACAUCUCAUCUUUAACUGCUGGCUGAUCAGGGUAAUCUUUCUCUAGGUCCUAAUUGAUUUGCUCAGUACGAAGCCUAAUAAGAUCCAAGGGAAUAGUCAUUAAGUGUUUGUAAGUCUGGGAGUUGCUUUUUCUUUAAUGAGGGCUCUUAUGUAACAAAGACAGCAAUUAUACAAGCCAAGGUAACAGGAUGCCUUUCCACAGAGCCCACAGAGCAGGUCUGGCUUGUGUUGAGAAGAAGGAAUGAAGGGGAACAUGAAGAAGCAUGGGUACAGAUAAUGGCAGCUCGAGCUUCUUAGUAAAUAAUGGUUUGCUUCAAGACUCGUUGAAAGACCACAAGAAAGUCUUUAGUGUCUUCAGGAAGUCAACUGAGGCCUCAAGUGUGGAUCACCUUCAAAAUAAGCAUAAGACAACCAAAUUAUUAUUGUUACACACAGCUGUUGCAUUUCAUUAGAUCAAGAACUGAAGGUUCAAACUCAAUCCCCCCAAAAGUGUAAAAUGUUGAUAAAAACAUAAUUUGAUGGUUUGCAAACAAUGAAAGUCUUUUAGAGUGAGAUCAAAGUGAUGGUGUCUGGGCUACACUCUUAUCAGAUCUGAGCAAUUUGUGAUAGAGAAAUAAAUCAAUAAAUCAAAUCUAGGGUAUCUAAUCUGGAGACAGUUUGAUGAUAUAUGACAUUUCAAUGCCCCUAAUAAAGCUCUGCCCCCUUAUUAUGACCAGAAAGCAACUCACACUAGACAAAAAUCCCACAAUAUGUGGCUGAGGGAUGAGCAUUAUAGUUGAGGCUGCUUUGAACCAUGGCCCAGCUUUUUCCUCUUCAGUAACAUGUGGUAAAAUGUCUGAAGAGGUAGAGGGUAAAUACAAACAUCAACAAUCUGAUUCUCAGGAAAAAUUAGGAAAAUUAGCAAAAUUAAGACCCCCCUUUUUAAACUAUUGUUAUUACUAUUGCUUAAUUUGGCCCAACUUCAGCCAAAGGCUCAAUAGAGUGUUAUUACAUACAUCCUUUUAAAGACCCACUCAGAUAAAAAUCAUGAUUUUCUUGUUGUCUACAUGUUUAUAAGGCAUUUUCCUGAUGCUACAGGACAUAUCAUGAGAAAAAUAAGAGUGAUUUCUGGGUAUUUCUGCAUCAAAAUCGGUGUGAAUCUCUUGCUAACCCAAACAACAUGUUCAGACACAGUGAGAUUUCCUAUGUCACAAAUCCAAGCUCCACCCCCGGAGCCCUGUCGUGCAAGCCGACUCGGAGCAAUAGAGAGGACAAUCGCGGAACAAGCGUGUGCGUUAACAGAUCACAAUGCUCGUAAAAAAGCUAAUUAUGAUAUUAACUUUCAUCGUAUCCCCAAAGACAUUAGUGUCCGAGAGCUGAAUAGCUCCUAUGUUACCUGCCACUUCUGCUACACUGGCAAUGUUAGGCUGCAAGCCAGCGUGAAGACAAGUGAGCAGAGCAGUGCUGUUUUAUCGCCCAUGACUCAGAGGUAAAUUGCUAAUGAGAUACUGGAGCUCUGCAGAAGAAAAGCCUUUGAAAAUGACACAAGUAAUGCGAUUUUUGGUAAAAACUUCAUAUUCACAAUUUAAAGACCACAGAUAAAACUUGAAGUUGUAAAAAAAAACGUGAUCGGAUCAGGACUUUAAAGCUUCUUCAGAGAUGAGAGUAUGAAUAAUCUGGUUAAAAACGUCUACAGUUCUACAGUAUAAGUUCUACAGUAUAACAUCGGGUAUAUUGAUUCACUGAAAAUCUUCAUGAAAAGGCACCACUGUUAGUGUUAUCUCCAUUAUCACAGGGAACAGCUGUUUCUUUUCCUUCUAUGGUGGCUUGGAUGAAAAAAUAGCCUCUGAAAUACAGUUAUGGACAGGGGAAUAGCUUGGGGAAAUAAAGCCAAAAUUGGAUCUCGAGAGUCUUUUCUCUAAGCUGUAACAAAGCUGGCGUUUUUGAAGGGAGUAAUGCACAGAGCACAGUGUGAAUAAUGUGGCCUUGUAUCUAUAUAAAUCACCAUUCAUACUGAGAGGUGGAAUAGUGUGGAUUAGAUGUGAGCUGGAGUUAAAAUAUGAGUGCCCUCAAGCUGUUGCUGUGUGCAGUUUUACUGAACAAUGUUUUCAUUCUAAAAAUAGAUUAAAGAUGUCUGGCUUCCUUUGCCGCUCUCUCCUCAUUCAUGCACUCAAAAUGCGAAUGGGUGACAUAAUCGAAAGGCUAUAAAAUGAUCUUCUUUUAUGUGCAGAAGCAAAUUAUAUUUUUUUCCUUCUCUGGUGCAAAUAGGAAGAAUAUUCCUAUUGUUCUGUCCAACACACUUCCUGAUGGGACCCAAAUCUGAAAAUCUUCUGAGAGCCCGUUCCCAGAGAUGAGAGGAAGCAGAAUAUGUUAGGGGGAGAGUUGAGAGAGAGCAUGUGCAAACGAGAGAGAUGGAGAGAUUGAGCAUGAGGAGAUAGUGAGAAUUCUAUUGAAUAAUUUGAUCUCAUAUGAAGACUGUAAGCCUGAAUGAGCCUAUUUCCUGUCAUUGUGGGAGAGAGUUUGAAGAGAAUCUGAUGAAUGUGGGACCGUGUAGCAGCAGUAGCAGGUACCUUUAAAGAACAGUGUUAGCUUGUUAAAUACCAGCUCUAUGGUCUCCCUCCUCACUCAUAACCAUAUGCUGUAGAAGAUAAGACUUUCCCUUUCAUACCUGGAUAUUUACACAUGGAGCGACUGAUAAUGGUUUUGGAAUUAUGUGCAACAGAUGGAGUAAUGGCCUUCCUGUUGUGCACAAUAAAGUGCUUUUACAUGCUGCUCAGGAAUGUGAAUGACUAUCCUGAGAAGAAAGAUAGUCACUAUCUGUGCAUCUUACAUUAUUGUCAUUUAGUGCACAAGUCUCCUGUGAGUGUGACUUAAAGAGCAAAGAGUCUUUUCGUAGAUAGGAAAUGUGUGUGAGUGCCUGCAGGGCCAGAAGAGGUGGGUGUGUGUAGAAUCGCACAUAGAAGUAGACAUUUGAGUAUGUGAUCAUCCGCCCGCCCGCUGAGGGAGACAGUGGUGUGAAAUAGAGACACAGAGCACAUGCCUCUAGCUCUUCUUAGCGCUACUUUCACUCUGCUUCACCUUUGCUUUCCAGGCUUUGCUUUACUAAACCACUCAAGCUUUCACCACUCAGCAACUACAGCAGCAGAUAGAGGCAUACACCACGAAAAUAUCUCAGGCUGCCGGGGAUAACAACCAGCUGUCAAGCAAACAUGCCCCGCUUUUGUUGCACCAGUUCGUAAUUCUAUCCUCUAGUUUAAUGCGCAUUCAUUUUGCACUUGCUUUCCCCAAUUUUCCAGUUAAGCAUCUUUAAAGUUGGUCAAUUUCUUUGUUUCUAUCUUUGCAAUUGAAGUAAAUGAGAAUAUGUGUGACACACACCUGCUGGCAUCACAGCAAAGGAGCCAAAAACAUCCAGGUCCUCAGCAGUUAUUAACACAUAAACUCAUGCUAGCAUAGAAUAAGAGUUAAGACUAUAAAUAUCAAGUAAAGAUUAAAACACACAGCAUAUGGUUGUAGCAGAAAUCUAUGUGGAGCAUGUGGUUAAAUUAAAACAGUGGAAUCAAUUUACACGUUUGCUGGGAGGUGUUUCUACAACUUUGUCAGCUACCUUUCGAUCAAACAUUGAUUUUGUUCACCAUUAAGAGCCUAUUAUAUUCAUUUCCUUUCCAUCUCUUUAAUUACCUCCAACCAAAGGUAGGGAUAUUUCAAAAGUUUCACAAAAACUCAUCUUGGUAUACAAAAAAAGAUAAUAAUUAUGUGUUACUUGCAGGGAACUUUAAAGCUUAACUUUAACACCUGACUUGUUCUUAUAUAUGUUCCAUGUAGGGUAUAAUUUAUACUUUCACCAGUGGUCAUUCUAUAUGUGUGAUCAAGUUCUUUCUAGAAUUGCCUUUGCCCUUCAGAAUUAAUAACCGUCCAAUCAGAAUUAAGUGUUGAACACAGUUAAGUGAUGAGUAAGAACUGUUACAACAAAUAAAGGCUGAUGACCUUGAAUCUACCAUUAAAGCCAAUGAAAUAACUCUCUGUCUAAUAUCUGUAAGAUCUCAAGCUCAGAACUGCACUGACUGCUGUUACACAGAGCUGCAGCAGUAGUUUUUUGUGUGUCUGUUAUCGAACACAAUAAUGAAUGCUGUGUGCAGCUCCUGUCCGUUUGCAGUGUAAACAACAGAGAAACGGCUUGUUCUUUGGCAGCUGUGGUUACUAUACACUACACACACACACACACACACACACACACAUGAUCAGCACAAAUACAAUCAUCACUCAGAGUCAUUAUGAUCACUUUUCUACUUUCACUUUGAAUCCCCUGUACUGUGUAAAAGCACAAAAACACCCCAGAGUACAUUCACCUUACUCUGUAGUCUUCUUUUCUGAAGCCACACUCCGACUGUGAGCUAAUAAAUAUGGACAUUUUGUGUUUAUCUGCUAUAACAGCUCUCACUUCUGUUAUAUCUGUGGGCAUCAGCUGUGUAAAUAAAUAUAAGCUUUGGCUCUCUCCCAGCCUUUAAAUAGCAAGGGAGCAUGGGUAAAACUGGUAUCCUAUGAUGAAUAAAGGCAUCAUAACCGGAACAUCUUUAUGUGCGGUGAUGCAACAGCACUUUUACAAAUGUGCGCACACACACAGACAUGCACGUACGCACGAACGAACGCACGCACGCACGCACGCCUAUACACACGGGAAAAAGCUAAAAAAAAAGUGUGGGACUGUGCAAUUACAUGGCUUGUUUGCUGAGUGUGUGUACAUGUGUGUGUGUUUUAAAAAAGUGACAGCUCAUCUGUGUAAUCCACCCAGCUGACCUUUGACCCUCACAUUGGCUUUUCCCAUCAUCCUAUUGUCUUCUCUCCAGGACCCAAUCAGCUGUCCCAGGACUGUCUCCCACGACAACCAUGGCGCUGACCAAUGGGCUGAGCUCUGUCGGUGUUCUGUGCAAACUGGACUUGUUUCAAAUGUGUGCUCAGGCACAAACACCCACAGACCCACACACACACACACACACACACACACACACACACACACACACACACACACACACACACACACACAGACACACACACACACACUGCAGGCCUGGGAGCCAACAGAUCGUCCCAUUAAACUGAGAAAUUGUCCAGGCUUUUGUUUGCUCAUUGGCUGUGAGCUCGGAGGUCGGACAUGUCUUUUCUCUUCACAAGGGCAAGGAAAAUGUGAUGUUCUCAGGAGGUUACCGGGGAAACGCAGUGCUUCUUUCCUGUUAAAUUACUCAUUUAAUUUUUGUCUAGUUUCCACAUUCUUUUAUCUGCCACUUAUAUUGAUUUCCCAUUACUUCCUCCUGCCUUUUUAUGAUUUUUAAAAACAUUUGUGUCACACCUAUUUGUUUUCUGCACUGAUAGAGUGGGAGGGAUCAGUUUUUCCAUUUCCAUACUCCUCCUAAGACACUGCCUGCUGAGGCCUCCAUAGUGAACAGGAAAGCCUGUCCCCCUCCUCUCUCACAGCCCUCUCUUUUUACAGUAAUCCUCCCUCUCCUUCCUCCAUCACGGCCUCCCCUCCUCACACUGUAUCUGCCUGUUUGUCUGUUCACCCCCCCAGCCCAUCACCACUCUUUCUUCUCCUUUUCUUCCCACUGACAGACACUCGAUCACAUAUGCAGACACUUCAAACAUUGCUCCUUUUCAAAGGAAACCUUGGAUGGAGCGCUCCAGAGAAACUCUGAAUAAGUUAUCAAAUCUGCAGCAACAUUUCUCUUUUUACCCUCCGUGUUUUGGAUUGUGUGUUUGUGUUGUGUUUUGCACACAUAUUUUUGUCCUUGUUUGAUUUCCCUUUCCUCCUUAUCUGCAAGGCCCCACUAUUAUUAGACUUUUUCAUUCUGUUUGCUUUGUUCCUGUCUCUUCUUUUUUUACCCCCACAAAUUUCUAUUUCUAUUCAUUCCAAAAUGUGCAUAAUAAUUGCUUUUGCUCUAUAUCUUUUGCCCACUCUUCCCAGGAAUCUGACAACACUACACUGCACAUUAGGCCUCGGCGCGAUUAUCACAGAAAUUCUCCCUUCAUUUAAUUUUCAGCUCAAGCAGAGUGAACAUCUGUCUUACUUUACUUUGGGACGGCAGCUGUGUGAAGCAAAGUUGCAUUUUUACAGAUAUCACAUGCAUCAGUUGCUGGAGGGCAGCAGAGAGACAGGUUGGUUGUUUGAGGUGUUGCGCCUGUCGACUCUAAAAUAAGUUCUUUCCAUGGUAACUCUGCAGGUCUGUUAAUUGAGUGUCAAAGUGUGUGAUGCUCCAUGAUGAGGAAACAAAUGCAUGCAAUAGUCCCUAUAAUCACAUCACACAGCCGCCUCUGGAGAUGACAGUAAGAGCUAUUUAAUCAAAAUGUUAAUGAUAUGAGCUAUUAUGAAACUGUAGAGCCAGGGGACACUAACACACAAGCAGAAAUAUGUCAGAAGUUGAAAUGUGCGGAGGGUUUUUUACAGAAAAUGUUUGAUGGCUUCAAAAAAGCCAUGUAAUCCAAUUCAAAGUGACAGCAACGUAAUCUACCCACACAUGGAUACUAGUGACGCACAUCUCCAGUGUGAAAGCUAUGUGGGAUCGUUGGAGAGAAAGCAAGAGUGUGCGGCGCUCAUUCUCUGAAGGAAUAGCGCUGCUCUUCUCAAAUAAUCACUCUGUAGAAUGUAACCUUGAAACAAACACUUGUUGAAAAUAGAUGAGAGUCAGAGAGGCGUGGAUGCUUUAUGACAUUGAAGAGUUAUGUAUCUGUUCAACAGGCUCUGGGUUCAGUCCUGGCCAUCAGAGAGAAACCGGGCUGAAUCACUCACAAAGUCCUGAUGAAUAAAUGCAUCAGAACAUGAACAGGUCACUCAAUCGCUCAGUGAGUCUGAAAGUUUGACGGUAAGCACUAAAGCGGUAAACACUGAAUGAGAAAUAUCUUUGAGUGUAGCCCCCUUGUGAAGAUUUAAAUCAGACCUAAACUUUAGUUUUCUGCAGUACACAACCUCCAUUUUAUCAAAGUCCCCCUCUGCAAUUAAUCUACUAGAUACCGAAUGAAAGUAAAUCUAUUUCAUACACAUUGAAUACAAGAAAACCAUCAUUUAAGCAAAAAUAGAAGACUGGGUUUUCAGUGUAUGCAUUUUUUCACGUAAAAAAGAGAAGAUUACCCUAAAUGAGAGAAGCAAUGCAGAAAAAGUUUGUUUAUUUUAUCAGUAAUGAAAGACAUGCUGUUGAAAAGAUAAUCAUGUUUGGAUUUUAUUUGCAUAUCCAAUUAAAUAUCAAGUGUGCAGAGAGAAUUCAGACCAUAAAUCAAGGUUGUCGCAAAAAAGACUGCACAUUGAAGUACAUUUAUAUUUUUACGUAUUGAGUGCACAGAUAAGUAGAAGUUUGAACUUCAAAGGACACAUUUUGACACCUUAAAAAGGCCCUUAAUGGACCAUUAAAAUGUGUACUCAUGUGUGUUUGCAGUAAAGCAAACACUUAAAGUUUAUUCAGUUUGAACUUCAAGUGACCUUCAGUAUGUACUGAUUCAAGUACACAUAAAAGUGUUAACUUUCAAGUACACACCAGUUUGCAUUUUCGAAUAUCCUUUGUGGUGUUACCCUAAAAAUGAGCAACUUCCAUUACACUAUUAGAAUAAAUCUGGGAUUUAAUGCACAUUAAGAGAAUCUUUAUGCAAACACUUUUAGGAACACUAAAAAACUAGCUUUUUAGUUGACUCAUAGGUUUGUGUACUCUAUUAAGAGUACUCUGCAGUGUGAUUUUUAUGUGUCAUACCAAAGUCUGUAAUUCAGAUUACAAUCUCUGGUUUAAGUGCUCUCUUUGUAAGAAGGAGCUGUAAACAUAUUUAAAAGUACAUUACAUACAUACUUCACAGGGAUCACUUUCAAGGUGUUUGCACAUUUUAUUCCCUUAAAAGUGAAAGACUGCAAUCAUCGAUGGGCAGUAAGAAUAUUUCAUUUGAAAGUGUGCACUUACGUAUAAGUGCUUACUUGUACGAGUGCAUAAUAGGCGGCAGUAGCUCAGGAGGUAGAGCGGUCAUUCAAUAACUUAAUAGUUGGCGAUUUGAUCCCUGCCCUAUCCAUAGUCUGUCCGUUGUGUCCUUGGGCAAGACACAUAACCCACCUUGCUCCCAGUGUGUGUCCUCCACUAAUGUAUGAUUGUGAGUGUUUUGUGGUCGGGGAGGCCAUAGGUGCAAAGCUUUUCCUCCACCACCCCAGCUUCCUUCUUUCCAGUCUAAAAGCUCUUUUUUUACGUGUUGCGUUGCUAUCUCAGAAAUGCCAUAGGAUGUUGCUGGAUGAAUGUUUAGAGCAUCCUUGGAGCUGAGCCAUUAGAGCCAAGCAUAACUGCCAAAAAUGGUUAAAUCUUUGAUAACAAUAUUGAAAUGUAGUAUUAUUUCCAACUUAAAGCACAACAGUUUAAUGUAGUGACUCAGUGUGGUAUUGGAGUUUAUUUCCUCUGUGAGCCAAUGAGGUGACUGUGGAGUAGUCUUGAUGAAACACAAGUAAACAGUUAAGAACUGUAUAUAUAAUUUGUUCAGGUUGUAUUAUAGCUUUAAAGACUUGGGGUGUGAUAAUGAAGAUAGAAAUAGCUCAGUACACCUUCACAUUACAGAAAAAAAGCCUCUCCCACUGCUCUUGCUGACAGGCCAAGGUGCUGGAUGUCUGCUUGAAUCCUUGUCACUCUUCCUAACAUCCUUGGCCAUCCUGUUUUCAUUUGACACCUUGUAUGAAAUUUCUAAGACUGCAGAUUACAAUUUUUUCCCCAGAAACACUCGGUAGUUCAAAGAAUCUGGCUAUGAGUUGAGCAGACUCUAUUUCUUGUUAACAAGGGCCCUCCUCAAUUACUCUCCAUGCAGACACUUGCUAAAAUAGCCACAGAGCCCCUCUUCCUCCUCCUCCUCCUCCUCCUUCAUCCAUCCACCUUUAUUAUUUAGCACCAUGGGGAUGUGUGUUGCCAUGGAUUCUGUUGCCAUGGCUACAAACAACUACGCAGAUGUACAGGAAGUGGAGAAGGCUGGAGGAGAAACAGAGCAUGGAGCGGGGGGUUAAGAUAUGGCUUAACCUUCUCAUGGUGGAGAUCCAGCAGUUAUAUGUCAGGGGGUUCAGGGUGUGGGGUUAAAAUGACAAGGUCAGAUAGUUACAGCAGAUGAAUGUCAAUGCAAGCCUCCAAGGGACAGGAGAGACAUUAAGAGACAUGUCUGGUAUUCUUACAGGUUUCUUCAUGGUGCCCUGGUCUUACCCAGAGGGGACAUUUUCUGAUCUCGAAUGAAGGAACACAAAAAUCCUUUUUUCUUAUUCCAGAGCUACUCCUUUGUUUUGGUCUGAGGAGGGAACUAGAUGAAAAAGAGCUGUGAUUCCUCCACAUGCAGCCUUGGAGAGCACUGGGACAACUGACUGACUGAAGUGAAUAAACGUGCAUCUGUGUCUCUUUGGUUCACUUUCUUCCUGGCAACGUAGAAAUCAAAAGAUAAGCGGCAGACAUCUUUAUCUCUGUACCGUUCCUUCUUUGUAUUUGAAUUGAUUAAAGGACACAAAGGACCUAUGUGGACAUUUCCUCUCAUCUUUGACAGCGGCACCUUAAUGACAUCACAGGAACAAGGAAGUCAUAUUCUGGCUUGUUAAAUCAAUGGCGGAUCAAUAAGCUUACUGAUUCUCUCAACAACCAACCCUUUCCACAACUCAAACAGGAGCAUUAAUGCCAACAAAGGUCAGAAAACAUUCACUAAAACAGCUUAAAAAAUUAUAAGGAUUUCAAUUUUUAAAAAUAAAAAGCUUUACAUACAUACAAAUAUCUUGAAUUCUUGUUUUAAGAUUGAUAAAUGGAAGAUUAUUUAAAAAUGUCUUAAAUGAUUCCAGAGUACCCCGCCCAUCUAAAGUGGAGGGUUUUUUUGAUUAUUAUGUUGUCUAGAGCACCACCUUGUGUUUAAAAGACAGAGGUUAGCAAGUGUCUGUAGUCAGUUUAUUCUCUCUCUCAGCAAAUCACCUCAUGUCAUAUUUUUUGUCCCUUAUUGACCAUUAAAAAACAACAACAAAAAAAAACCUAAUAGCCAAAUUUCUGUCCAGUUUUCUUCUUCAAGUGAAAUCCUUGACCUACAGGAUUCCAUCAUACUGUGAGAUAUUGAGUAGAUUGUGUUAUAUUGCUGAGCAGCCCUCACACUGACACACUGGAUGAACUCUCUAAACAGAGUUUAAAAAUGGCAGCUAUCACAUCCUUCAGUGGUGAUAUACUGGUCUGUCUCCAUUUAGGCAGGCUGGGAAAAUCAAUGACAGUCAACAGUAAGCCAGGAGUACGCAAAGUAAACAGUUUUCUCUGCAUAUUGAACUAUCUGUUUGAACAACUUCCAUAUUCUCAGGAUGCUAAUCCUACUGUGCAAAUGCAGAUUAUAAGGUUCAUUGUACAGGCUUACACUUUGCAUCCAUGGCUGCCGUCUAUUUCUGUGGGCGCAGUUAUGUGUGACUGUCUUUAGGAAUGAGCCAGACUAUAUUACACCCUGCUCCCUCCCUCAGAAGCUGUGCUAAAGUAACAGCUGAUGUCAGUGCUGCUUAAAGACAUACACUCACACACGCACAGCCACACACACACACACACACGCGCGCGUGAACACGCAAACACUUAGGCUAUAACCUGCCUGCCAUUAGGCUGCAGCUUCAAGGGCACAGCAGAAACCAGUCAAAGGGGAGGAGGAGGACUCCUGCACCUUCCUCUCCCUGUGACACCUCAGCUCUUGGCACAAACUCCUCAGCACGCUCACAGAGCCACACUCCAAGACUCAAAUCCCAAAUUUAAAGCAGGAAGAGGAAGGGAGGGCGGUUAUCUAAGGCGCUCAGCACCCCAUGGAGCUACACUGUUUUCCAACUGAGACCCCCACCACAGUAAGCUCCUGCUCCACGGACCCUCUGUACGACAACUGCCCACCUUUCGCCCAGCAAGGGAGGGCCAGAGAGAGGGAAAUGGAGAGAAGGGUUGUGUGCCCGGCUGUAACCAGACUCCCAGGCCCCAGAAGCCCUCAGCCUGGUCUGGCCCCAGCUGUGGCUGAGGCUCCUACAUUGGUCGGAGGGGGACGAGGGACUGGCACCUGGCCAGAUCACAGCUACUGCAGCUGGAGAGGAGGCCUGGGAAGAGCAGGCUGGGAAGUAGAGCUGGAUCCGGAAGUAAUCAGAGCAAGAGGAGGAGAGAGAGGAGGAGGAGGACAGGGAGGUAACUGGGGAGUUUAUCCUAAACACAGUCCAAAUCCAUCCCAGAGUGAGGAUCACAGGAGUGCUCUCUCUGUGUAUGAUAACCUUCCUGAAGCUGUCACUCCGGACAGCUUCCAAGAGGUGUUUGAUAUGGAAACGAGCAUCACUGAGGACAUGCAGGAGCAGAUGUGCAGAGGGUGGGCCUCAGAGCAGUUCCAGGGGCUGACGGAGGAUGAUAAAAGCACCUGGUCGUCCUGUGAGAUCAUCCUCGCUGAUACCAGUUCAUGCAACCAGGACCAUAACCCAGACCAGGACAAGGAGCAUGAACAGGAGCCAGAGCUGGACUCAGGAUCCCAUGGAUCUAAGCAGGAGGACCCUGUGUCACCUCCUUAUUAUUCUAAAGCAUGUUCCUCUAAGUUGUCCCAAACUGAGAGUAGGGUUUUGUGGCCUUUAGCGGAAGCCCAGCACCCACAGGACCCAGCCUGGUAUCCCAGAGUACCCCCUCCUGUACCACUGGCUGACCCCUCAGCGAGUGCCCUCCGCAGCCUCCUCACCAGCCUCCAGCAGCAGAUAGUGAGACAGAGGGAGGAGUAUGAGGAGCGAAUAAUAAGGUACUGUUACUUUUGUUUUGUAUUUCAGUUUGGACUUUAGUUCACUUGAGUAUUUCACUUGAGAGAUCACGGGCGGAAAAAGAAACGUUGUCCAGUGAACUUGUGCCAGUACUUUGUGCUUCAGUAAUAAGCUUUCGGUUCACUGAGUUGUCUAUGAGAAUUUUUUCACCCCUGGGUGUAUUUCCAGUGUAGGGUCACAAUGUUCCCGGCCUGGGGAGUGUGUGAGUCUGUGUGUGUGUGUCCAUUCAGCUGUGCUGCUCUGGUCACAGUUGACCCUAAGCUUCACCCUGUAUCCUGUUUAGAUCUUGUAGAUUCUCUAUAAAUUCCUCAGUGAUGAACUUUGUACAGAAAACUGUCAGAAAACAAGCUUCAUUAUCGUUAUUUUAAGUUUUCACUUUUACCUAAAUUCAUAAUCAACCUCUUUUUCUUGUGUACUUACAGGAAUAAAAAUACAUCAGAUGAUUCAUUUUUAAUACUGACAUUUAUAAUAUGAAGUUCUACUAAAUCAGAGGUCCAGGUUCCAGCGGGUGGUGAGCAGUUUAAUCCUCUGAAAAAGAAAGCACAGGCUGUGUCUGACCUAUAGGAACAGCUCAUGACACUGGAAAGAGUGCUAAUUUAAGGGGCCAUGCUGCUGACCUAGACACAACACAUACCUCGUUUACUACUGAUAUAGAUAGAGCGGGUCUCUAUUUAAGGUCGCCAGUGCUUGUGGCCAAAGCAGGAGAAAAUUUAGAUUCUUUAAGCCUGUAAUGCCGCAGAAAAUGAGUGUACGAUAUAGAUUUAACUGUGCGUACUCACCAGACACAUUAAGCCAAUUCUACAGCGCCGUCUAACCAUACUAGACACCAUAUACCUCACCAGUUAAAGCAACUCGCUUCUGUUGCUUUAGCAAAUACAACACUGACCUCUCUCUUCAUUGGCACAAAGUUUUCAGACUUUUAACUCCCUUUCAUUUUUCUUCUUCUUCUUCUUCUUCUCUGCAUGUCCUCCAUCAGCCUAGAGCAGAGAAAUGAAGAGCUGCAGGUUGAGGUUGUGCGGUUGAAAACAAACCUGGUCCAGCAGCGGCACUGGUACCAGGUGGUCCAGGCGAAGAUUGUGGAGUCUGAAAGAGCACGGUCAGCCGCAGAGCUACGAAACGCAACUCUUCAGAGGGAAAUGGAGCAGUUCUUUGACACCUUCGGCGAGCUCAACAAUGAGGCGAAAAAGACCGAGUGUAUUGUUAAAAGCUUCUGAGCAAAUAAAUAGGAAACUGUAUGAUAUUGGACAGUGUGUGCAAAGAGGACAAACGGCACAGGACUGGCUAGAAUUCAAACUUAAGGCUGUCUUUUGUCUCCACAUACGCAGAAUGUUUACUUUCCUAAUGGGAAAAAAGGUUUUGUCAUGAAGCACAUAAGAAAUAUUCACAUCAAUUAAAAAAAAUGUUAUCACUGAUGUCCACUUUAUUAGUUUUUUAAGGGCAAGAGAUGUUGGCCAAGUGAUUAUACUGAGGUCAUGGCAAUCACACAGGACAUCUCUGAAAAUGAAAGGAGAAACAAACUCAACAAAAACGUGACUUUGACAGUGAAUAUAUCGAAGCAUUUUUAAACAUGGUAAACACACAAGGUCUUGAGCACAGAAACGUCAGUCCUUUUCUGAUAAAAUUUUGGGAGUUAACUCCUCUGGUCAUUUAAGGCAUGACUGCAGGUACAAGGUCAUGGUUUGAAAAAGGAAAAUAUAGUGUACAGCAUGGUGCUUCAAGUCCUCGGUGACUCGGUAGUGUCGUAUUUCUGCAUGUCCAUCACACUGUGCAAUUAGUUCUGCAUAAAGCAGCUCGGCAGUCCAAAACCAAGGUCCAUCUUUUAUGUGUCCAUCUUGAGCUCCAAGGUCUAAUUUUUCAUUCAGGAUUCCUCAGUCUCAUCCUUAUUUUCAACCACAACAUGUCUGCUUUUUCUUGAAGGGACAUCUUCUUUGAUACAAGUUGCCUUUGCAACUGAGCAGUCCUUACGGAUGAUUCAAAGGAAAAGAAGAGGGUUUUGCGAUGUACAUUUUGAUAACACACACACACACAUAUAGGGUUACAAAGCAAAAAAUGAAAAACUUGAAAACAAAAAAAACAAACCAAACGAAACAAAGGUCUGCACCAAACAGGAUCUCAGAAACAAGAACAUCAAGGUACUGUAAGUGAAAGAACUGACCUGAACGGUUUUCUUUUUAUAACAAUAACUACAGUAACUUACUGGCAUCUUUAAUGCCUUCAUGCAAGA